ACGCAAUGGAGUACAUUUUCACCAUGCCCCCUCUGCCGCAAGAAACUGAUGCGAUGUUCAUCUUUCACACAACGCACACGAUUCAAUUUCCUGUAACAGCUAAUUUCGGUCAGACAAGUUUCCUUCUGCAGUUCAAUAAACCCCAGCAAGUUGCGAUAAACAUACCAUUAACACCAGGCGAUACUGAGAAGGGUGCUGUUAUGGAGUUUUUUGCAAGCAAUGAUUUUCAAAUAAAUGUGUACAUGGUUUUCGGUGAAAAAACGUUUGAGGUCUUUCUUCCUGUGCCCCUCGAGCUGUGGACUAGCGUUUAUUUUGCAUUUACUGUACAAGAUAGUGGUGCAUCUAUUAGUGUAGUCACUAAGGAAUCGAACUGGGUAAAUAUUAUCUUUUACACGCAGAAAGGAAGAUUGCGCUUUGGCGGGCAGGAGAUACAAGACGGAGAGGAAAAAGAAGUUUUCCUUUUAGAGUAUGCUCUCACCUAA